ACUAAUUUCGAACACCUGAGAAGACUGAGAGAGUUUUUUUCUAGGUCUUUCGUUGUUCGCCGGAGAAGCUUACCGGAGGAUGGAGAGAAUCCAUGUCUCAGUCAGGGCGCGGCCGCUUUCGUCGGAAGACGCGAAGACUAGUCCUUGGAAGAUCUCUUCCGACUCAAUUUUCAUGCCCAAUCAAUCUUCUCCCACUUUCGAUUUCGAUCGGAUUUUUAGAGAAGAUUGUAAAACCGUCGAAGUGUAUGAGGCACGGACGAAGGCGAUUGUUUCUGCCGCCGUUUGUGGAUUUAAUGGAACCGUGUUUGCUUACGGGCAAACUAACAGUGGCAAGACACAUACAAUGCGAGGCUCCCCAAUUGAACCUGGAGUCAUCCCUCUUGCUGUACAUGAUUUGUUUGACACUAUAUAUCAGGAUACAAGCAGGGAGUUUCUGUUGCGUAUGUCGUACCUGGAGAUAUAUAACGAAGAUAUAAACGAUCUGUUGGCUCCUGAACAUCGAAAACUACAGAUUCAUGAAAAUUUGGAGAAAGGAAUUUUUGUUGCUGGACUGCGAGAAGAGAUUGUUGCUUCCCCUCAACAAGUCCUUGAAAUGAUGGAAUUUGGAGAAUCUCAUCGGCAUAUUGGAGAGACAAAUAUGAAUCUUUACAGUAGCAGAUCGCAUACUAUUUUCCGCAUGAUUAUUGAAAGUAGACAGAAAAUGCAAGAUGAAGGUGCUGGCAAUGCAUGUGAUGCAGUCCGUGUUUCUGUUCUGAAUUUGGUGGAUCUAGCUGGUUCAGAACGGGCUGCAAAAACCGGUGCAGAGGGUGUUAGGCUGAAGGAAGGCUCACAUAUAAAUAAAAGCUUGAUGACACUUGGGACGGUUAUUAAAAAAUUGAGUGAAGGAGUAGAAAAUCAAGGUGGUCAUGUUCCGUACCGGGACAGCAAGCUUACAAGGAUCUUGCAGCCUGCUUUAGGUGGAAAUGCAAAUACAGCUAUUAUAUGCAACAUAACACUUGCACCGAUUCAUGCAGAUGAAACCAAGAGCAGUCUUCAAUUUGCUAGCCGAGCACUGCGUGUCACUAACUGUGCCCAUGUCAAUGAGAUAUUGACUGAUGCUGCUCUACUAAAGCGCCAAAAGAAGGAGAUAGAGGAGCUCAGGUCCAAACUAAAGACUUCUCACUCUGACCGUUCAGAAGAAGAGAUUCUUAACUUGCGCAAUACCUUGUUGAAGUCUGAAUUAGAGAGAGAACGGAUAGCACUUGAGUUAGAAGAAGAGAAGAAGGCACAAGCUCAGAGGGAAAGAGUUUUGCAGGAGCAAGCAAAAAAAAUUAAGAACUUGAGUUCAAUGGUUCUCCUUUCGAAUAGAGAUGAGAAGCGUGAGCAGGAUCACUUUAAGAAGGGAAAGAGGAGGGAUACAUGGUGUAUUAGUAAGGUUUCACGAGACUCCCCAUCAGAGGUCCAGUCUAAUGUUUUGUCAAGGGGGUCCUCUCUUGAAACUGCAAGAUCAGAUCGUGAGACUGGUCCACUACUUCCAUUUUCGGAACUGGUAAAUGAACCUUUACAGAACAUUAACGAGGAAGACGAAGAUAGUAUCAAUGAAGCCCUUGAAGCUUCUGCACUUCCAGAUCCAUGUUCUUUAGUGAAUGUCACAAGCAGAAAGAAGCCAUCAAUCAAGCAGAAAAGUCAUGUAGUGGUUGAAAACGAGUCAGAUAGAAUUCAAAGGGAAUAUGAGGAUCUCUUCUUGCAAUUCGAAACCGAGAGAAUCAUCAGCGAAAUACAAAUUGAGUUUCUUAAGGCGAAGUUGGGUGAAGAAGUUAUAUCUGGUGAUAGAAAAUGCAAGCAAUUAGAAGUCGUUGGCAACGUGCAUGUGGAUGAACAUGUUGUAAACUUAAGAGAUCCAGAAUCUAUUCUUCUCAUUAAGCAACUCCAAGAGAAGAUAAACAUUCUGGAGUUGGAGAAAUCUUCAAGCAACCAGAGUCUUGAUGAUCUUGUCACUGUAGCUACUAAGCAGAAUAUAUGUGCCAGGGAAAAACUUGCUGAGAUUGAAGAAGAGAUUCAUGCUGCUAGAGAAGAGACCCAGGCGGCUCGUGAACAACUUGUGUCCAAGGAGUCUGAAGUUUCUCAUGUGCUUAAUGAGAAUCUUAAAUCUUUGGUCAAUGUAGCAACAGAAGUUGAAGUCUUAGUGUCUGAAUUUCAAAAAUCUAAAGCGUCAGUGGAAACCGUAUCUUCAGUUAUGGAUGAGGGUCUCCAAGAUUUUGCUUUCUUCUCUUCUUUGAUACAUGACUUCACAUCGUUUAUGCACCAAAGUUUUGAGCAACAUGCUUCACAAAUCAGCAGCUACCAGAACGUCCAAUCUUGUCUGAAACAAAAAGUUCUUGAUGUUGAGAAUGAGAAGCUUCUUUUGCAAGAGCAGUGUUCUGGUCUGCAGAGCCAGAUAGAAGAACUUAAUCAGGAAGCUCAAAAGCAUGAAACGUCCUUAAUGAUGCUCUCGGAACACCAUGAGUCGGAGAGGUCAGAUCUCCUCUCUCACAUAGAAGAUCUUGAGAAGGAUAUAGCGAGUCUGUCAUCCUCUUCCUUGGCCAAAGAGAAGGAGAACAUAAGAAAAGAUCUUGAGAAGACGAAAACAAAGCUAAAAGACACUGAAUCCAAGCUAAAGAAUUCCAUGCAAGAUAAAACCAAGCUAGAGGCCGAGAAAGCAUCUGCUGAGAGAGAGUUAAAACGCUUGCAUAGCCAGAAGGCCCUCCUCGAGAGAGACAUCAGCAAACAUGAGUCCUUUGCUAGUAAAAGACGCGACUCUCUUAUUGCUGAGAGAAGUACUAACCAGUUGCAGGAAGACUUUAGACAGCUUGAGGUCCUUGCUUUUGAAAUGGAAACAACAAUUGCUUCCCUGGAGGAGGAGCUGGUUGCUGAACGUGGAGAGAAAGAGGAGGCACUAUGUCGAAAUGACGGUUUAGAUUCAGAAAUUGCAGCUCUGACAGAGAAACUGGAGCACUCAAAUACCCAAUUAGAAGAUCUGCAAAAAGAUGUCACAGAGCUUGAAGACUUUAGACAGCUUGAGGUCCUUGCUUUUGAAAUGGAAACAACAAUUGCUUCCCUGGAGGAGGAGCUGGUUGCUGAACGUGGAGAGAAAGAGGAGGCACUAUGUCGAAAUGACGGUUUAGAUUCAGAAAUUGCAGCUCUGACAGAGAAACUGGAGCACUCAAAUACCCAAUUAGAAGAUCUGCAAAAAGAUGUCACAGAGCUUCACCUGGCAAACUCGCUUUUGGAAAUGGAGGAGGAGAAAGCAAUAUGGAGCUCGAAAGAAAAAGCUUUGACAGAGGCCAUGGAGGAAAAGAUCAGAUUAUAUAAUAUACAAAUUGAGUCACUAUCAAAAGAAAUGUCAGAGGCAAAGAAGCAGCUGGAAUCUUGUCGACUUGAAUGUGUAACUCUUGCUGAUAGACUUAGAUGUUCUGAGGAGAAUGCAAAGCUGGAAAAAGAAUGCAGCAUGGAGAAGUCUCUGGAGAUUGAUAGAUUGAGUGAUGAACUUCGAUCAGUUGAUGCUGUGAGUAAGCAAACUCAAGAGGUUCUCAAUUCUGAUAUCGACUCUCUAAAGUCCGAAGUGCAACGGGCUUGCGAAAUGUCGGAUACACUUCGGAGAGAGCUGAAUUAUGCCACAAGUGAGCGCCAGGGUUUGUUAUCUCGCAUAGAGGAGUUGAGUAAGGAAUUUGCUUCAUCAAAUUGUUCGCAGAUUGAAAAUGCAAAAAAUCUAACUGAAGAACUGACUCCCAGAAUCUCAAGCCAAGAAGCCAAUCCGUUUAAGGAUGCAGCUGCAGAAAACAAGGAGAAGGCAAAGCUAAAAAUGAGACUCAGAGGGACGCAAGCACGCUUAGAUGCAAUAUGUCUAAGGCACAAACAGUCUGUGCAAGAAAUAGAACUUAUGAACAGGAAGUUCGAGGAAGCAUCUACAAAGCUAAAGGAGAAGUUAGCAUCAAAAGCACUCGAAGUGGUCGACCUCAAGAAGCAACUUUCUGCUUCUUCAAGAACAAAGCGGUGAAGUUAAAAACAGCUUAAUUCUUAAGUAGUUGAUUCACGGCUAGUAAAUGUAUUUUAAAGCUGUAAACUUCUUAAGUGAUUCUUGGCAUAAUCACAGAGAAGUGAUGUGAUUAUGCAAGAGUCCAAUACAUAUAUAAAUUAUAAUGGAUAGAUUAACAAAGUACA